AUGGGACACACCAAGUCCCGUGAUCCCCCUCUCUGGGAAAACCAGCAUCCUACACGCAGCUCCCUGUGGCAGUUCCUUCAGAUCAUCAACAAGAAGUACGGCAAGGAUCUCAACUCCUACCAGGGACUGUAUGAUUGGUCCAUUGACAGCUUCCCCGAGUUCUGGGAAGAAGUAUGGGCUUUCACCGGCGUACGCGCCGUCCCCCUUGCUUCCAAGGAGGACGUGAAGCUCCAGAAUGGACAGGCGUCCGAGAAGAAGCCCUUCAGACAUGUCGUCGCUCGCGAUGCUCCCAUGUUCCCCCGGCCCAAGUUCUUCGACGGCUGUACCUUGAACUUCGCUGACAAUCUCCUCUACCCACGAGAUGCGCCCGAUGCUGACAGUCCCGCCCUGAUCUCGGUGACUGAGUCAACUAAAAAGACCAUCUCGUGGAAGGCCCUGCGCGACAAGGUGCUGCAGCUUGUGCUGGCCAUGAAGGCCCACGGAGUCAAGCCCUGUGACCGCGUUGCAGGUUUCCUUGGUAAUCAUGCCGACACGGUUGUUGCCAUGCUGGCUACGACUUAUCUUGGGGCAAUCUGGACCGCCGUUAGUCCUGAUACCGGUGUGGCUGCCGUGUUGGACCGGCUGGUUCAGAUCGAGCCCGUCAUGCUGUUUGCUGACAAUGGAGUUGAGUACAAUGGGAAGAUCCACCCCAGUACCGCGAAGACCAGAGAGAUUGUCGAGGCGUUGAAGGAGCUCAAAGCUGUUGUCAUAUUCCAGACCGUGCCAGGAGAGAUCGAUACCACGGGUUUCAAAGUAGCACGUGGCCAGGCAUGGACGCACGAGGGGUUUCUUCAAAGCACCCCCCCUUAUAGCGAUAGCCCAGAUCUCCAGGGAAGCCUACGGACGAUGUUCUUGCCCGAGCAUCCCGUCUAUAUCCUCUACAGUUCCGGCACUACAGGAAAACCCAAAUGUAUAGUCCACUCCGCGGCCGGUACGCUCAUUCAACACAAGAAAGAGCACGUUUUGCAGUGUGAUAUUCGACCGGGGGACCGCCUCUUGUAUUACACAACCACGUCUUGGAUGAUGUGGCACUGGUUAGUCUCUGGCCUCGCAUCCGGCGCAACGAUCGUCCUCUAUGAUGGGAGCCCAUUUAAACCACACGGCGACCUUACGAUGCCCAAGCUCAUCGAGGAGCUAAAGAUCACUCAAUUUGGCACCUCAGCCAAAUACCUGAGCAUCCUCGAGCAGAACCAAGCCCAGCCCCUGAAGGCUGGAAUAGACCUCAGUUCUCUCAGAGCCAUCUACUCCACCGGAUCUCCCCUGGCGCCAAGCACCUUCAGAUACGUCUACGACGCAUUCCCCAAGACAAUCAACCUAGGUAGUAUCACGGGCGGCACGGACAUCAUCUCCCUCUUCGGCGCGCCUAGCCCAAUUUCCCCCGUCUAUGAAGGGGAGAUCCAAGUCAAAGGGCUCGGGAUGGCCAUCUGCGCCUUCGACCCCUCGGGCUCCAAAGUGCAGGACGGCGAACCAGGCGAUCUCGUCUGCCUCAAGCCCUUCCCCUCCCAACCCGUGGGCUUCUGGCCCCAGAAAUCCAUCGCCCUCCCCCCAGUCUCCGGCGCUGACUCCUCGAUCCUGAAACUCCCCCAGUACGACGCUGCCAAGUACGAGAGCAGCUACUUCGAGACCUUCCCGGGCGUCUGGCACCAUGGCGAUUUUGUCCGCUUCGACCCCGUGACUGGCGGCAUGGUGAUGCUGGGCCGCAGCGACGGCAUCUUGAAGCCGGCGGGCGUGCGCUUCGGCAGUGCCGAGAUCUACAACGUCUUACUGAAGCACUUCGCCACGGACGUCGAAGAUUCCCUCUGCAUCGGGCAGAGGCGCGAGUCGGACACAGACGAGCGGGUCGUGCUGUUCCUGAAGAUGCUGGAGGGGAAGCAGUGCACGCCAGACCUGAAGGCGCGCAUCAGCUCCGCCAUCAGAUCGGAUCUGAGCGCCCGCCAUGUCCCGGCUAUCAUUGAUGAAUGUCCUGAGAUCCCCAUUACGACGAAUGGGAAGAAGGUCGAAGUAGCAGUCAAGCAGAUCCUCUGCGGCAUGAACGUCAAGACGUCAGCCAGCGUCGCGAAUUCAGAGUGCUUAGACUGGUAUCGCGCAUGGGCUCAGAAGCACGAGCCAGUUUCCCUUUCCUAG